CUGUGAGCUGACGGCAUGCCUUGUAAGUGAAGCCAACGACUUAUUACCCAUCCAUAUCAACACAGAGAGACAAAAUCCCAUACACUCCUUGGCGCAUCACAUGCUGCAGUGCCGUGCUCAUCAUCACAGUCAAGGUAGGGCGGCAGCAAGUCCAUGCUCUUCAAGUACGCUCGAUUGUGGAACUUCGACAGAUGUCUCAUCCCACUGUCGCACAGUAUCGUCACAAGCACUGCUCCGCUGUCUCGCGGAAUCGCCCCUGACAUGACCGCUUUCACCACACCGACGCAGUUGCAUGAAGCGGACGAGCCCACAAACAGGCCUGACAACACAACACAAUGCAAGACAGCUGGGUGCAGGUAUGCGACAGACACACACAGGCCCCUGACCGUCUUGCCGCAGAAGGUAUUGGCUCAUGGCGACUGCCUCUUCGUCAGUGACCCUAAACGCGUCGACAAGGGACAGCAGCUGAUGACCCCGCAGAGACCAGUGUCGGCCCGCCUCCUUCCCUCCCUCCGUCUCUCGGUCCGUCCCUCCCUCACCUGAAUGCCUCGUCGAUGAAGGGCACCGCCAGCUCGAAGUUCCUCGUCAAUCGAUUGAGCCCAAUGCCCUCUGCGAUGGUGUCAAAGAUGAUCCGUCUGCGGUACCCCUCUCUGUCCUCCCUCGUCCACAACACACCAAGACUCGCCUGCAUCAUACAUGUGGGUGAGACAACAACCAGACACACACCGGGGUGUGUGUGUGUGUGUGUGUGAUGGGCGUCCUUUCGAAAUAUCGCACCUUUCCUGCGAGUGCUGAUCCUGGGGGGUCCGCAAGGAUGAUCUUCACAUCAGGGUUGUGAGCUGCAGUGCACAUAACACUCAUUUCGCAUUCAGCACCCACAUAGCAGGCAACAGACUGCUGUACCUUUCAGUCUUGCGCCGACACCUCCGAUUGUCCCGCCAGUUCCUGCUGCAGACACGAACGCGUCCACCUUGCCGUUGGUCUGCCGCAGGAUCUCCUCCCCUGUGCCGCUGAAGUGAGCCAAGAAAUUGGCCGUGUUCUCAAACUGAUUCGCAAAGAAUCCCCUGCCUGCGUUGAUGGAUGCACACAGACACACGGACAGCGCACGGGCAGACUGUGGUCUUGUUCCACGGUCCCGCUGUCUCACCUCACCUUCAAGGGCUGGAUCAUCCGCGGCGUUCUCGGCCGCCCUGCAGUAGUGUGAUGGAUCAGCCAUCGAUACGUUCUUGCAGUGAGCCACCCGGGCCCCCAGACUCCGCAGCGUGUCGGUCUUCUCCUGCGCCUGGUCGUCAGGCAUGAAUAUGCAGCACUGAUACUUCUUGGCGUUGCACACCAGCGCCAGGCUGAUGCCAGUGGAGCCGCUGGUGCCCUCAAACACACAGCCGCCUGUAUGCCAGACAGACAGACAGAGCAUACACACAGGCAAUGAAUGAAUGCAUCGCACCCUUCCUUCAUGGCCCUGUCUGUCCUCACCUUGCCUGAGGCGUUCCUCUCUUUCUGCCGUCUCGAUGAUUGACUUGGCCACACGGUCCUUGACGCUCCCUCCCGGAUUCAGGAAUUCACACUUGGCGAGCACUGUACAUCCAAGAUCUCUCGACAGGCUGCAGCCAGGCAACACACUUGUGUGAAUGAGUCUACAUGUCAGAUGGCUGUGCCCACCUCUCGAUUCUGAUCAGCGGCGUGUUGCCAAUGAGGCCCAGAAACCCACCCGGAAUGUCGUCAGGCAAGCAUCCUCGUCCCGUGAGCCGCCGCAGCCACGAGCGGAUGAGUCCAAUCCAUGAUGUGACGCGACGGAGGCCAUCGGGCCUCACGAGAAAGACGGCAGAUGCGAGAAGUGCUCCAGCGGCACCGAGGCGCCAGACGUGCUUCGCUGGAUCGCCAGAGAUCUCCAUUUGUUG